GCACCCCUUUUCUAGUUAUUCUAGGUUUUUCAGCUUCUUCAAUUUUUCUGCGUCUCUCACACCUGGGUCGGUGUCACUGCCUCCCUUCGACGUCUCUCUCAGGUGAAAUCUUUGAUUUUUAAUGUUAAUAUAUCAAACCAAUCACUUACUUGGAAAGUAAAAGCAAGUGUGCGUGGUUGGUGUCUUCCCCCUUUUAACCGUUUUCCUCCCAGUUAGGGAUCGACCGCUUUAACAAUGGGAACACCAGAGACCUCUCGUGAACCUUGCCCUGACCGUAUACUUGAUGAUGUUGGCGGAGCAUUUGGUAUGGGUGCUGUUGGAGGUGCGGCCUUCCACUUCAUAAAAGGCACAUACAACUCACCCAAAGGUGAGCGCUUGGUUGGUGGUACACAGGCUGUGCGCAUGAAUGCACCUCGUAUUGGUGGUAGUUUUGCUGUGUGGGGUGGACUGUUCUCCACGUUUGAUUGUACAAUGGUUUAUCUCCGUCAGAAAGAAGAUCCGUGGAACUCAAUCAUUGCUGGUGCUGCAACUGGUGGCUUUCUCCAGAUGCGGCAGGGAUUAGGUGCUGCUUCUAGAUCAGCAAUGUUUGGUGGAGUUUUACUUGCGUUGAUAGAGGGAGCUGGAAUUAUGUUGAAUAAAGUCAUGAGUGCUCCCCAGAAUUUCCCGCCCAUGGAUGAGCCACUACCAAAUGCCCCUGGUGUGCCUGGGUAUCCAACCGGGCAGCUGCCUGGUCAACAAAUGGGGCAGCUUCCUGGUCAAGCUCCAGCAAGUAUUGAUGGCAUGAUGGUUGAAUCUUCAGCACCGUCCUCUUCUUCCUCAAGUUCCUGGCUUGGAGGGCUUUUUGGCGGUGGAAAAAAAGAGGAGACAGCGUCAAACAGUGGUAGCAAGACACAGGUUUUAGAGAGCUUUGAUGCUCCUAGCCCACCUACUUUUGAAUAUAAAUGAGUUUAAGAGCUGAAAUUCUUUGCAGGGGGAGCAUCUUGGUGGUCAGGACACUCAUCACACUUCUUGAUCCGUGCCGAUUUUUGGGAUUAGUAAAUGGCUUAUUGUGGAUCUGAAUGACAUAGUGGGUUUAUAUUGAUGCAGGCAGUUUAAUCUACAGUACUUGACAUUAAGAUAUAUUGCAUCAUAGGUUUAAUGGUAUUAACUUUUGAUUAUUGUAUGAGUUGCCAAGUUUUGUUCAAUCCUGAAUGAUCAAACAAAUGGAAAAAUAAUGUGCCAUGUUUGUGGUUGUAUAUGGAAACACCUUGGGCAGCAUAUAAAGAUCUUUUUUGCAGGGCCACUUUUCUGGAUGA